AUGGCGUGGUCGAUGCCAACAUCGGGUCAAUGGAAUCCUGGUAUCGCUAUGACGCCAGAUAUGAAUAUGGGAGGCUAUACGCCUGAGCAAUGGGCUCUCAUGCAACAGCAAAAUUGGCAACAAUGGGCGCAAUGGCAGCAACAGUAUGCCCAAUGGCAAAGUCAAUAUGGAGAUAAGUAUGCCCAACAAAUGCAAGCUUUUCAAGCAAUGGCUGGAGCACCACCGGUUCCUCCGCCGGUUUCUGCUGUGCCUCCUCCAGCUCCGCCACCGCCAGACAAGCCACCUCCACCACCGCACGAGAAUGAUCAACCGUUAUAUGGAAAUGCACAAAAACAGGACACUUCCAUUCCACCUCCAGUCAUAUCUCAAAGCAUUCCACAAAGUGGUUACAACAAUGCCAGUUCUACAGCAGGUAACAAUCAAACUUGGCCCUAUGCAUCAAAUGUUCAAUCUGAUCCACAACAAUUACAGUCUGUCAAUACUGAGGCUCUUAAGAAGCUUGCAGAAGAGGAGAGAUUAUUUGACAUACAGUUUAAAAAAUGGGAAGAAGAGAUUGAAAAGUGGCGUAAAGAGAAUAUUAAUCAUCCUGAUAAACAAGCAUAUAAGGAAUAUGAAGAGAAAUUUGAAGCUUGCCGCUUACAACUCUUAGAACGUCGUCAACAAAUGAAGCUAAAGAGGGCUCGCUUAACAGGCAAUACACCGCAAGCGUCAAACACAACUAGUACAGGUAAUAUAUCUAGAGCUAUUCCUCCACAAUUGCAGAAUACACUGGUUACAAAUUUUCCCCAAAAUUUGGUUUCAAAUCAACAAACCCAAAAUAAUGUUCCUGCACAAAGUCACACAAUGCAGAAUAUACAUCAGUACCAGCAGUUCCAUAAUGCUACGCAGCAGGGUUACAAUAAGAACAAUAAUAAAAGUAUAGAUUCACAACAAAGGUAUGAAUCUUAUAAACAAAUGAAUGAGGAUUAUAAUUUACAGUCCAAACCUACCACUUCAAACUUUUUACCAUCAAGUCAACCCAAGGGUAUACCAGGAUUGGACUUGGUACCAGAUGUUGAUAGGUCAUCGUCUAGUAAGCAACAAGACGUAAUUGACAUAACAGAAGAAAAACUUGAAAAGGGACAUCAUGAGCUAAAAUCUAGAGAACCUGAUUAUUCAACAAUUUCAAAAGGUAUUAAUAAUAUUCUGGGGGAUGAAAAAAUUAUGAAUAUAUUAUCAAUGGUGACAAAUCAAAUACCUCCUGGAAGCAAUGAUUUGAUGCAAAAAUUACCUGGACAUUAUAGGCAAGAUGAUAAUACUCAAUACAAAAACAAUUACCAAAACAAUGAUUAUGACAAUAGACAAGAAAUGUCAUAUAAAAAUCAUAAUAUAAAUAGUUCUUCAAAUAGCCAGGAUCAAGCAAAAAAUGAUUAUACAGGUGGUCCAUAUCAGAGAUAUGAUGAUAAUUAUGUAAGGGAAGAUUUCAGACACAAAGAAAUGCCUCAAGAACAGCAUUAUGAAGCAUUUAAUAAGAAUGUACCUCCGAAAAGUUUUCCGUCUCUUUUAGGAGCUAAUAUGGCUUCUCCUAGGCCAUUGAUACCAAAUUUGUCUACUCAGCAAAAUUCUAAUGAAUAUUCUUUUGGUGGAUUUGACAGAAGUGAAAUACAUGUUAAUAAACCCUUGAUAAGAGAAGUCAAACCAAAAUGGGUUGAUGAGCCACUCUUUACUCCAUCUAUCAUAGUUGAUUAUGAGCACAAAUCUCUAAGAUUGAAAGCUCGAGGUUUUAUUGAACCUGUUCAUAUGUUUGAAUACAAUCAUAAAUCUAAAGAUGGUGAAAACAGCCCUAAAAGAGAUUUUGAAAAGGAAAUUGAUGAACUUUUUACAAAGAAGACCAACCGAAAUGAUGAAUGGAAUAAUUCACCAAAAUAUAUUGAAAGAAGGGCUUACAGAGAAGAUGUAAAGGAUCGUCUAAAACAACCAAAUAGAGAUAAUCAUGAUAUAUAUAAUAGAAGAAUAGAUAUAUCUUAUGAAGACCGAAAACGUGAUGAUCGCGACCGAUUAUUGCGUGAUGAUUACGAAAGAAGAGACCGAGCACCUGAUUAUGAACGCUCUAGAGAUCCAGGAAGAGAUAGAGACUUUGGUAGGGAUAGGGAUUUUGGCAGAGACUUCAUCAGGGAAAAGGAUUUAGGUAGAGAUAGAGAUCAAGUUAGAGAAAAAGAUUUAAUACGAGAAAGAGAUAGAGACCAACUUAGGGAAAGAGAUUUAGGUAGAGACAGGGAUUAUGCUAGAGACCGAGACCGAGAUAGAGAUAUAGGACGAGACAGAGAUGUUCGAGAUAGAAAUAUAGGUAAAGAAAGGGAUUCAGGAAGAGAAAGAGAACCUGGUAGAUAUAGAGACUAUAAGAGAGGCGAUUCUCGAAAUCGUAGUAGGAGUCGAGAUAAAGAUAGGAAAAGAGAACAUAGUAAAGAUAAUGAGUCAAUUGAUAGUACAGGAUCGAAAAAAAUGAAAGAAUUAAAUGAGAAAUCCACCACUCCUCAGGCUAAUAAACCUCAACAUGUAGUAAUGAUUGAUGAUCUGUUAGAACCUCCUGGACGGGAUAUGAGACCGGAAAAAAUCGUUAUUAUUCUCCGAGGUCCACCAGGUAGUGGUAAAUCUUUUCUAGCUAAACUAAUAAGAGAUAAAGAAGCAGAGUAUGGUGGAACUGUUAGGAUAAUGUCUAUUGAUGACUAUUUCAUGCAGGAAGGUGAAAUAGAGGAAAAGGAUCCUACAACUGGAAAAGUAGUAAAAAAACCAUCACUUAAAUAUGAAUAUGAUGAGAAAUCUGAAGAGGUUUAUAUAACUUCAUUAAAGAGGGCUUUUAAGAGAAGUAUCACAGACGGCUACUUUACAUUUUUGAUAUACGACGCCGUAAAUGAUCAACUAAAGAGUUACGCGGAUAUAUGGAAUUUCUCAAGACAGAAUGGUUUCCAGGUGUAUAUUUGUACAAUGGAAAUCGACUCGCAACUAUGCUUCAAACGGAAUAUUCAUAAUCGAUCACUACAGGAUAUUGAAGUGAUUGUUUCUAGAUUUUUCCCAACUCCAGCACAUCACAUUCAAUUAGACGCGACUACUUUGCUUCAAAACGCCUCCAUUACUGACGUUCAAAUGGAGGACGCGGACGACGUUACUAUGGAAGACACUCACGAAACUGAGGUCGAAAGUAGCUUUACUUCGAAGUGGGAGAAAAUGGACGACGCAGCGCAAUUAGCCCGCCUCGAUGGUACCAGCAAGCCGCUACGACCGUCUCGACUCUCAAUGGAAGACUACUUACAGCUAGACGACUGGACACCUAACACAGCUAAACCUGGAAAAAAAAGUGUUCGGUGGGCCGACAUUGAAGAAAGAAGGCAGCAAGAGAAAAUGCGGGCCAUCGGUUUUGUUGUAGGACAGACAGACUGGAAUCGAAUGACUGAUCCGACCAUGGGGUCUAGUGCUCUCACUCAGACUAAAUACAUAGAGCGAGUUAGACGCUUUUAGAAAAAAAAUAUUUUUUAUAAGAACACAUUUAAAAGGAAAACUUCGCCA